AAUAAAUUGAAACAUGCUAUCGAAUAUCACAUGCAGCUCAAUGGAAGUUCUCUACGAAAGAGAAAAGAUCGAUGAUCAUGCAAUCGAAUUAUCCAAAGAAAAAGAAAUAUAUAAGAGACGUAUCGUUUGGAGAAAUGUCAUGAUAUUGAGUAGUUUACACAUCGGUGCUAUUUAUGGUAUCUAUCUUACGCUCACAUCCGCGAAAUUGUUAACAACGCUUUUUGGUAUCUUACUUGGCAUGUGCUCAGGUUUUGGUAUCACAGCAGGAGCACAUAGAUUAUGGGCGCACAGAUCUUACAAAGCAAAGUGGCAACUUCGAUUAAUUCUUAUUAUAUUCAAUACCAUAGCCUUUCAGGAUGCGGCUAUCGAUUGGGCAAGGGACCACAGGGUUCAUCAUAAAUACAGUGAAACUGAUGCGGAUCCGCAUAACGCCAAAAGGGGAUUCUUCUUCUCUCACGUAGGUUGGUUGCUGCUCAGGAAACAUCCAGAAGUUAAGCAGAAGGGUAAAGGAAUCGACAUGAGCGAUCUUAAAAGUGAUCCCAUCAUCGCCUUUCAAAAGAAAUACUAUUUCCUUUUGAUGCCUAUGAUGUGUUUCGUCCUACCAAGCUUAAUACCCAUGUAUUUCUGGAACGAGACCUUCCUCAAUGCUUACUUCGUCCCCGUAGUAUUUCGUUACGUCUACACCUUAAAUACGACGUGGCUAGUGAACUCCGCCGCACAUCUUUUCGGCAAUAAACCUUACGACAAAUACAUCAAUCCCUCGGAAAACAAAGGAGUAGCAAUGAUGGCGUUAGGCGAAGGCUGGCACAAUUAUCAUCACGUAUUUCCAUGGGAUUACAAAACUAGCGAAUUGGGUAAUUACAGGUUUAAUAUCACGACCGCGUUCAUCGACUUCUUUGCGAAAAUAGGUUGGGCUUAUGACCUAAAAAGUGUCGCGAAAGAUAUGGUGAAAGCGCGCGUACUCAAAAGUGGUGAUGGUACCCACGAUGUUUGGGGUUGGGGCGACAAGGAUCAAACACAAGAAGAGAAACAACAAGCCAUAGUCACGUAUACUUCUUCGACGAAGGAUCAAUAACUGUUCUCUCUUUCUCGUUGUCCUCUUCGCGCUUAUUUGUUUUCCUUCUUUCUAGAAUAUCCUUACAUUCGCUCAACGAAACUAAGUAAUUCGCAAGCAUGAGUUUAUUAUUCUUUAUAAAAGAAUCUUUGCUUUAUAAUUUUCCUUAUUCUCCCCCUCUUUUUACAUACAUCUAUGUUCCUCCUUAAAUCACGUAUCUUAUAUGAUACGUGAUAGAUUGUAAUUUUUGUUAUUGAGUGGGUGAUCUUUGUACCUGUGUAUUAAAUUAAAUUCCAGUAGUGCAUGUAAUUCAUCAACGGAAAAAAAAAAAAACCGUUGUUGCGCAACGAAAGUGUCGACUUUGAAAAAUUGUAUCCGACAAGUCUCCAAGAUUUUGAUACGACUAUUCUCAUUACCGAUACGAUUCUAAUAAAUACGUCAACGUAAAACGGGCAUGAUCGCUUUAAUAACAUUCAGAAUUUCACAGAUGCCUUUCAAAGUAAGCAACGCGAAGAAAAGUCAGCAUGGUUCUCUCUUUUCUUUUCUUUUGUCCUCUUCAUUUUAUUUUAUUUUACAUUUAUUUUUUUUUUCUAUUUUUUUUUUUUUUUUUAUUAUUAUUAUUUUCAUUCUGGGAACUACUUAAGUUAUAUUUUGUGUUUUUGUUUUUGUUAGUAAACUAGCGACACUUUGGUUUCUCCGUUUUCUUAUUAUUAUUACAUAUACUAGUUUUUAUAUAGGGGAAAAAGAGGAAGUAUACAUAUAUAUAUAUAUAUAAGAUCGAUGUUUAAAUUUAAUACAUUUAUUAAUACCAAUUUUGGGCAAUCGUUUUAAUGUUAUUGCUACUGGAAACUUAAUCGAAGCGAUGAGAAUACUUCUACAAGUUAUAUUUUAACUGCAAAAGUAGUUCGUUUGUCGUCAUUCAUCGACGAAUUAUUUCUUAGAAUAAUUCUCAUACCUCAUUCUGUUUAUUUUUUCAGUAGUGAUAACAAUAAAACAAUAAAAAAUAAAUGAAACAAAAAAUUAUUAAUUAAACCACGUCGAUGAAUUGUAAUUGUUAAUCAUCAAAUCUGGCUAACAAUUAAUUUACUCAUAUUGUGUGAAUAUUCUUCGUGAAUCGAAUAUAAUAUUGCCAAAAAAAAAAAAAAAAAAAAAUUAAUCCGAGAAAAAAUUAUAAAGUACGUUUGAACGUAUAAAAAAGAAAGGGGGUAUAUAAUAAAUGUAAAAAUUUAUUGACGUCCUAUGCACAGAAACGCGUGUGGGUGUAUAUAUUAAUCCAUAAUUUAUUUAGUUAAGGUUGUUUAUUCAGAGUACUCGGAAAAUGACCGAGUAAUGCGGUAAAAUCAUUUCAUUUGUUCGCAAUAUUUUCAUAAUAUCUUAUAUACUAAUAAACGUUUUAUGUUUAUUUUAUUAAAUUUUAUUAUGGCAAAAUAUUACAGAACAAAUAAGAUUUGGUUGUCUUUAAAUAUUCCUACAAACUUUUAACUUUAAUUUUCUCCAAGAUUGAAUUUUGUUGGCUCUCAUCAUUCUUAUAUUAAUAUGUUUAAAAAUAUUUGCAUAAAGAAGAUACAAGGGAAAAAUAUUAUAUGUAAACGUUUCAUAUAAUUUAACAAUUCAAAAAAGCGCGCUCUCUAUAAAAUUAUCCGUCUCACUUGUGUAAUUAUUUUUACUAUUGAUACUAAAAAGAUAUAAAUGUGGCUACAGUUUGAUAGAACUGUAACAAGUGCCGAAACGAGAACGAGGAUAACAAAAGAAUAAACUAUUUUAUGGCCGAAAAAUGUAGUUUUACUAAUUUUUAUACCGCAUGGUCAAUUCCGUGAUCUCUGCAAUUUUUGAUACAUUUCUCAGCUACGUUAAUUUUAAGCAUUAAAGAGUGAAUAAAUGGGCGAAGCCAUUGCGCAGUAUAUAAUUUUUAUUUGUAUCUGGGUAUAUUAUUAUUUCAAGCGUUCCUUAUAAACUCUGUAUCUCACUCAGGAACAACGUUAUGUCAAGAGUAUAUAUGUUUUCCAUAUAUUAAUAUAAAUUUUGUUAAUAGCAAUCGCGCGCGCGAUAACUUUAAAUUAUUAUACACAAAUAUUUCGGUAUUUUUAUGUCAUAUCAAACCGAAAAAUAAUGUUAGUCGUAAGAAAAUUAAACACGUAUCGAGUAAUUUGAAUAAACUAUCGUUAUUUAAUCGAAAUUGUGAUAAAGUAUCAAAGAUACCAAUCAUAAAUAAUAGUAAUAAUAUUAAAUGAAAGUAUAUAGAA